AUGGAUGGGAAAAACCACACAUUAAUUAGCAUGAUCCACCUUUUGGGUUUUCAGAGUCCAGAAAAUUUAACGCUUUUGUUCUUUUUUAUCUUUCUAAUGAUUUACUCUAUGACGAUGUGUGCAAACCUCCUGAUCAUCACACUGGUGCUCUACGGCAGAACCCUCCAUUCUCCCAUGUACUUCUUCCUCUCCCAGCUCGCUGUCUCAGAUAUCUUACUGGCAACUGAUAUUCUUCCUAACAUGCUCCAUGCUAUUUUGAUGAAAGGGACCAUCAUUUCAUUAGCUAACUGCAUUACCCAGUUUUUCUUCUUUGGUGUCUCGGAAACUUUGGAGAGCCUUCUUCUGACGGUGAUGUCUUACGAUAGAUAUUUGGCCAUCUGCAAGCCAUUGUAUUAUGCUUUGAUCAUGAACGACAGGGUUUGCUGGAUAAUGGUCAUCACAAGCUGGAUGUCAAGCAUUUUAAUAGUAUUGAUUCACACUUUAACCAUAUCGCAACUGCAGUUUUGCGGGCCGAAUGUCAUUGACCACUUUUACUGUGAUCUUGAUCCAAUUCUACAACUCUCCUGUUCCGAUACCACAGCUGUCCAGUUAGAAGUGACGUUGUUGAGUGCUCUGUUUGUUGUCGUCCCAUUCUUUAUCAUCAUUAUAUCAUAUGUUUAUAUUAUAGUCACCAUUUUUGAGAUCUCAUCUAUUACUGAAAGAAAGAAAGCUUUUUCCACCUGUAGUUCCCACCUGGCCAUUGUCUCCAUCUAUUAUGGUACUCUAGUUUGUGUUUAUUUGGUAGCUAGUAGAGGACAGUUAUGGAACAUUGGUAAAUUCCCAUCAUUACUGUAUACUGUGUUCAUUCCGUUGCUGAAUCCGAUGAUAUACAGCCUGAGGAAUAAAGACUUAAAAAAGGUUUUAGGAAAACUCAUAAGCAACUCUUUAAACAUGCAACGGAACAGACGAGUCCAAAGGAAAUGUUGA